AUGUGGUGGAAUGGGUAUACCAGUGGAAGAACAUAUUUUAUUUCGCUCAGCUUUGCUGAUGACCAAGUGGUGAUCGCUCAAGAUUCUUACGACCUAGAGUUUAUGUUAAACAGACUACAUGAAGAAUAUGAAAGAUGGGGAUUAAAAAUCAGCUUUAAGAAAACCGAAUUUCUGGUGGUUAACUCAGAAACCAAUUUUGAACUCCUGCUGAAUGACGAAGUGCAGCUUAGCCAGAUAGAACAAAUUAAAUAUUUGGGCGUUAAUAUUAACAAAAGAGGUCUCGAACAACAGGAAGUUAAAAUAAGGAUUCAGAACGCAAAACGAGUAAUCGAAUGCUUAAACUCAGUUUGGUGGGAUAGACAGGUAUCCAAGAGGAAUUGGACAAACAAAUUGGAAAACGACUUGGACAGAGCCUGGUUGAAUCCGUCUUGCCGGUUGAAUCCGUGCUAUGGAUGUGAGGUAUGGACGGUUAACUCUGGUAUGCACACCGAUAUGGACUACCUCAGGCGAAGUGCACGAGUAUCUAGAAGGGAAUGCGUGCGCAACGAAGUGAUAAGAAGAAGAAGGGAUGCUCAGGACACGGUGGUUGAUAGAAUAGAAAGAAGAUCGCUGAACUGGUUUGGGCACCUCAUGAGAAUGCCAGAUUAUCGAUGGCCAAAACGAGUCUUUCAAUGGGUUCCGUCGCAACGAAGAAAACGAGGAAGACCGCGACGAUCCUGGAACGACGGAAUAAGAGAAUCCAUGGAAGCUCGGCAAUUAGAGGACGAUGAUGUCUUUGAGAUAGACUAG